GAUUCUGACCAGGAACAUCCUUAGCAGAGAUGAAAUCAACCACUCCAGACAUAGCUAGAGCCACUGAUGCAUCUAUAGAGCUGAAGUAAAGAUAGGGUUGAAACAAAUCGAUUUAGAAUUUUCAAAGUAGUAAAACAAAAAUAAAAGUCUAUUCACUUGAUGAAUGAAUUAGUUAAACAAACAUACAGCAGGCACUUCCCUUGACUCUGUUAACUUUUGGAUCUAACAGAGUGUGCACUCCUUUUAGUUAAACACAUUAGUACCUGGAAACUAAGACCCUAACCAUAAUCCCAUAGUAGACCAACCUACUCGGGUGAAUAUAAAGCUCAGACAGAUCAUCUCACAGACAUCAGACCUCGGCUGAACAUCUCUAAACACUGAGGCAACAUGGACCUAAGAGCUUCCCUCUCCAUUCUGCUUCUGCUCUUUGGCUUCUCUCAGGCAUCUCCUCUCAGGGAGUUUGAAGGCGUUUUUGUAUCUGAGCCUGAAACUGUGGACAUCACUACUCAGAUUCUGGAGACUAAUAAAGGUUCUUCUGAAGUCUUGUUUGAGGGAGAUGUGGUGCUUCCCAAAAACCGAAAUGCUCUCAUCUGCGAGGACAAAAGCUGUUUCUGGAAGAAAAAUGCUAACAACAUAGUGGAGGUCCCUUACAUAGUGAGCGGUGAAUUCUCCAUUAAUGACAAAUCAGUAAUUGCGAAUGCCAUUUCCAUCUUUCAUGCCAAAACCUGCAUUCGCUUUGUGCCCAGAUCAAUUCAGACCGACUACCUCAGUAUUGAGAACAAAGAUGGGUGUUACUCUGCUAUUGGUAGAACUGGUGGCAAACAGGUGGUUUCCCUCAACAGGAACGGCUGUGUGUACAGUGGCAUUGCUCAGCAUGAGCUCAAUCAUGCUCUGGGCUUCUACCAUGAGCAAUCCAGGAGUGAUCGUGACCAGUACGUCAGGAUCAACUGGAAUAACAUCUCUCCUGGUAUGGCCUACAACUUCCUGAAACAAAAAACCAAUAACCAAAACACUCCAUACGACUAUGACUCAGUCAUGCACUAUGGAAAAACGGCCUUUGCCAUCCAGCCCGAUCUGGAAACCAUCACUCCAAUUCCUAAUGAAAAUGUGCAAAUCGGACAGAGGCAGGGGCUGUCCAAAAUUGACAUCCUCAGGAUCAAUAAGCUAUAUGGUUGCUAA